AUGGCAUCAUUUGGGAAGCCACUGCUUUGAAGUGAACUCCACGUUGUUUCCUGCUGUAGGAUGGAGGAUGGUGGGAGAGCCCACACUGCCAUUGUUGGCUGGGCCUGCACGACCUUGUGCUUGGUCUCCUACGCGGCAGCCUUCUCGCAGGGCGCAAGCCUUUCCGCCUGCAGCGACAUGAUGCCCAGGCACCUGAGGGUGCAGCUGCACAGCUCCAACAGCAACUAUGUCACUGUCCACACCAACAUGUCCUUCUUCUUCCCGGGAGACAAGGUGCCAGUGACAGUAAGAAGCACCCGGGAUUACAUGGGCUUUAUGCUGCAAGCUCGCAAAGUGUCCAACAACGAAAUCGCUGGCACGUUCAUCUUCCUGCCUCCCGGUUCCAAGCUGCUGACUUGUUUUGAAGAUGGUGACACUGUCACACACUCAGACAAGUCACUGAAGAGAAACCUGUCCUUCAUAUGGAAAGCACCCGACCAACCCAUUGGAGACAUCAAGUUUUUCAUCUCCAUAGUCCAGUCAUACUUUGUUUACUGGGCAAAGAUUGAAUCUGCUGUUGUGGCUCAGGGAGGGCAAAACAAGACUCUUGCUGACAAGAACCCUGAUGCAGUAGCCCCCAUGCCCCUGCAGGGACCAGCUGACCCUCAUCCCACAGGUCCCAUCUCUCCUGCAGCUGCCACUGGCUCCCUGCUGCCUGCCAGCCCCACUGGCAUCGUGGCAACACCAGCACCGGAGCCAGGUUCUGGUGUGGGGUCGGAGACUCGUCCCGUUGCUGAGCCAAAGCAGCCGGCCCGGGCUUUGCGGGCUGUGUCCGGCAGGAGUACCCGGUCCAAAGGCUGGGGGCUGGAGCCGUCCCUUCCCACCCAAGACGCUGGAAAGGUGGAUGCCUUGCAAGGUUCCCUCUCCCAGGCCAAUGCCUCCAGCUACAGCACCUUCAAUGGACAGCAGGAAGCCCCCUUUUCCCUCACUGCACAUUUUGGCAUGUUUUUGUUUUCAAAGGGCAGUACUGAGGGUGGGACCAUCUUGAAAGCCUCCCUGCGUGUGACAGCAUCUCCCUCUGCCCCGCACGUACGCACUCACCUGGGCGGCAUUACUGCAACCACAGCCUGGCUUGGUGAUGCCAGCGCUCCUGGCAACUUGUCCUCGGCUUCAAGGCAAAUGGCAGGAAGAGAGUUGGCACUGCAGCCAGAGGGGGCAGGCACCAGGGCUGAGGAGGACAAGGAUGAGCAGGAGGCAGCUGGGAAUACACUGCCAUGGGUGACCAGACCAGCUCCCAAAUCUGCUGUUCCCGGGAUAGGGGAAGGCCCUGGCAGAGGAACCCGACUCCUUGCAGCCCAACUUGGCAUCCUCCUGGUCUGCACGGCCGCGCUGGGCCUGCUGCUGGCAGCUGCUGUGCGCUGUGUCUGUGCCCAGCACUGCCACAAGCGGGCCGAGGUGUCCUUCAGCGAGCCCGACCCCGAUGUCAUCACCAUCAUGGAAAACGGGGAGGUGAUGCACUUCCGAAAGAUCCGGGACAACAGCUUCGUGCUGGUACCAGCUGAGUGCAACUGGGUCAGCCCCUCGAGCAGCGUGAAGAAGACUGUGGUGGUUUAGUCUCUCUUUGUGCUGCCACACAGGCAAACAAACCCAAAGCAGCCAGUUUAGAGAGAGGUGUUAGGCAAAAGCAUCUACACUACAGCUGCUGAGAAAAUUGAAGCUGAUAGAUUGCUCAGUGCUGAUAGAUUGCUCAGUUACACUUACUGCAAUUAAUAUUGUAUAUCUGCUCAUUAGCUGUCACUGUGGCAAUGACAUACACUUCUUCUGUUGCCUUAAGGGUGUAGCCAAAAGUAGAAACUCUUUCUCUGCACUGUGGUAUUGACUCCUGUUUAAUCUCAGAAAAAAAGUUUCUAGUGUUAUAUUUCUUUCUAGGAACUACAAACCAAACCAUUCUCAUUUAGGAGAUUACAAGUUUGACUCCAUGCACUUGGUAUUCCUCAGCUGACAAAUAUUUGCCGCAAGAUUUCAAGUUGCAAUUUGAAAAUCAAAAGCAAUAACUCAUUAGUGGAGAACAUUGAUCUCAAGAACACUGAAUUGAUCCAUGGAGUGAAACACAGGAUGGCAGACACCAGCUUUUGGGGGAGAACAUGCCUCCUCAUCAGGUGCAAAUGGAAGAAAAUAUUUCCUGUCCAUUUGCACCUGAUGAAGAAGCUUGUUGAAGUCUGACAGCCAACAUUUAUUUAGUCUUUUACUUUGGGUCAGCUCAGUGACACUGUGCAGAAACACAGACUGAGAAGUACCCUUCCCAGGUCACUUUGGAGAUGCUCUGCAAAGGCUGCAUGGGAAGUUAGCAGCAUCCUUGUGUUCUGAGUUUGUGCAAACUUCUCUCUGACCCUGUGGUUUUCCACAGAAGACCCCUAAAGCAACUCUUGGAAAACUGCAUAA